AUGUCUGGUUGUCAGACCCUGCGAAAGGCUGAGCGAAGCCGAUUGUGUUCCCAGGAGAAGAAGGAGGUGUACGAUAAGGACAUGGUGACAGACUUUGAUGAGAAGCAUGAUGAGUAUUUAAUAUUGCUUCAGCAGAGGAACCGGAUCCUGAAGCAUCUGAAGUCCAAGGACCCAGUACAGCUGCGGCUGGAGCACCUGGAACAAGGCUUCUCCGUUUACGUCAACGGCGCCAACUCUGAGCUGCGGGCAGCGCCUCGCAAAGCUGUUCACCCUGACCUGACAAGAAGUGCCUCCCAUGCUGAAGGGACCCACGAUUCUGGACGGAGGAGCCUGUCCCGAGAAGGAGAAGAAGCACUGAGACUCAGCUCACGGACCGCCCCUGGCAAAGUCCAGCGCCGAGGAUGGCACCAGAAAUCCGUGCAGAUCCGAACAGAGGCUGGCCCGCGACUCCACAUAGAACCCCCUCUGGACUCUUCCGAAGACUCUGAGCUUUGUGGGGAUGUAACCACUCAGGCCAAGGGCGCCUCUGAGGACCAUCCACAGGGCAGCAGUGCCAUGCUCUGUGACUUUAACUUCUCCCUCCUGAGCACGCAAGGGUGCCCCAAUCCUCCAGACAGCACAGACAGAGAAAGGAUCCUCCUGACGAUGCAGGAUGUGAUGGAGCUGAGGAAAAGCCUCGAACUGAGUGUCACUCUGCAGGAGCCCAAGGAUGGUCCCAGCAGUGACGAGUAUGACUCGAUUGAGGAGGAUGUGAUCUCUGAGCCCGAGAUAGGAGACCAGGAGCUGGGGGGCCUCCCUGAAGAGGGCCCUCCUCUUUCCAGCGGGGACCAAGUACAGAAGGAAUUGGCCGAGGACCUGGAGAUGGAGAGGCGGCCUCCCCCAGGCCCAGACACUCUGGUGAUGCUGGAAUUCAACCCCACUCCCACAGGUGGCAGGAAGGAAAGGAUUCUGUCUGCUAAGCGGAAGGAAAACGCUGAGGUCUUCAUCCCCAGCAAAUCUGAGCCAGACCUGCCUCCUCAGCCCGCCUCUGUGCUCUCAGACCAGGAGAAAAUGUGCUCAAGACCUGGCAGCCGGCGGGAGCGACCCCUCUCAGCCACCCGAAAGCCUGUGCUAACAGCUGAGGACCCAGAAGAAGAUGCGUCAGCUGUGCUCAGGGCCAUCCAAGUGGAAAAUGAAGCGCUCCAAAGGGCUCUACUCAGCAGGAAGGCAGAGCCACCCUCCAGCCCACAGCUUGCCCAGGGUGCGAACGGAUCCCCGGCUAGGCCAUGGAGCUGUUUGCUGAUGGACAAGGGAGAUAUCACUGAGCCGCUACCAGUCACCUUAGAGGCCACCAGCACACAGAAGCCAGCCCAGGUGGCAGGGGGAGGUCAUGCUGUCAGCGAGGCCAUUGGCAAGAUCGGCCUGUUGGAAAGCAGACAGCAGCAGAAGCUUUUGAAAGUUCUCCAGUCCAUCGAAAGUGACUCUGCCUACCUUAGCCAGCUGGCAUCACCUGCUGAGGAGCCGCUGAGAGACCCGGAGGGCCCAGGGAGACCAGAUGUGGAAGAAAUCCAGGACGCCGUCUAUGUUACCAUGGAAAUUCUGUCCAACUGGGGUGACCUUGCCUGGGUGGGGCUCCUGGAAGUCGAGUUCUUUGACCAGACCAACACAAAGCUGUACGUGUCACCUCAUGAUGUGGACAUCCGGAACACAGACGUGCCUGGCAACCUGAGCCAGCUGGUCAAUCGGCACUUAGCUGGGAGUGGCACGAGCAGGAAUGAGCCGUCCCCGUGGCUGUGUCCUUUCCACCCACCCCUCCAGCUCUUCUUCAUCCUCCGCAACACGAGGCAGCUGCCCGACUUCGCUCUGGCCAGGAUCAAGGUGUGGAAUUACUGGACGGCUGAUGGAGAUCUUGACAUGGGUGCCAGGAACGUAAAACUGUAUGUCAACAAAAGCCUCGUCUUUGACGGCCACUUACUCAAGGGCACAGCCAAGGCCCCGGCCGGACAGAGCAUUCCAGUCAGUCUACAGAGCCACAAGAGUGACAGGCCAGAGAAGCUUGUGCAGGCCCGUGGCAGAGAUGGCACAGAUGCCAGUGAGCCAGACAGCACCACAAGGACUGCGGCACAGGGGGUCAGGGGCGCACUGCUGACCAAGAAAACCACACCAGUCAGUGUCUCCAAAGUUCAGCCAAUGUACCCUGAAGGCACAAAGGCCGGUGUUUCUAAGCCUGAGUGCCAGAUCAGCAUAUCCACUGUUGCCCCUGCCCCGUCUGAGGAGUGCCCUCCACAACCCCCGGCACUGGAGACUCCUGCAGGUAGGAAAGCCUCAGAUUCACAAGGCGGAACUCCAUCUUGGCUGCAGCCAUCAUCCUCCAGCCAGGACCAGAAGGCCAAGCCGCUUUGGCUGAUUCCUGAGGCACCUCUGGACUGGAAAGGCUCCGGGACAGGACUCGGAGAGGCCGAGGCCCCUGAGAGUAACAAAGGACCCUGGCAUGAACAGGGCCGGACCAACGACAGACCCCAAAGGGCACCUGCCCGAGCAUGCAGUGAGGACUUGGAUGUCCUCUUUCACCAGCCCUCUCACCGGGAGCACCCCACCAGUGGGAGGCGGGGAGGUCCCAGGAGGGACCCCAGCAUCAAACCUGGAAACAGCCAGCCAGCCAAUCAAGACGUGGCUGGGCCGCUGCCCCAGGCCGUGUGGUCCAGCGAGCAGGAGCACCAGCUGCACGAAUCGUGGGACUCACUUAGCGCCUUCAACCGAAGCCACCGGGGCCGCAUUUCCCACGGGGAGUUCCAGGGCGACAUCCUGGAUGAGUUUCUGCAGCAGCAGCGAAGUGGCCGGUAUGGUGAGACACCAGCCCGGAAGGAGGGGAAACCAGAGUUUAUGGCUGGGUCAGAAGGCCACCCCCUGGACACAGACGAGGACGAUGAUUCAGGAGACUUCCAGAUCCCUGUCUUGCCUUAUGGCCAGCACCUGCUCAUUGACAUCAAGUCCACAUGGGGAGACCGACACUACGUGGGCCUGAACGGAAUCGAGAUCUUCAGCUCCAGGGGUGAGCCUGUGCGCAUCGCCAGCAUCCAGGCCAACCCUCCCGACAUCAACAUCUUACCAGCCUAUGGCAAAGACCCCCGUGUGGUCUCCAACCUCAUCGAUGGGGUCAACAGGACCCAGGACGACAUGCACGUGUGGCUGGCACCCUUCACACCAGGCAAAUCCCACUCCAUCACCGUGGACUUCAUGCAGCCUUGCCAGGUGGCCCUGAUCCGGGUGUGGAACUAUAACAAAUCUCGGAUCCAUUCCUUCCGUGGCGUGAGGGACGUGGAGAUGUUACUGGAUGGCCAGUGCAUCUUUAAGGGGGAAAUCGCCAAGGCCUCCGGGACCCUGGCAGGAGCCCCUGAGCACUUUGGCGACACGAUCCUGUUCACGAUGGACGAUGAUAUUCUCGAGGCCAUAUUCUGCUCAGACGAGACGCUGGACAUGGACUGGGAGAGCCUGUGCAGCCUGCAGAGUGACGAGGAGCUGAGGAGGCCCAGCACAGCCGAUGGUGCGGACGAGGAGAGGCCAUUCACUCAGGCCGGUCUAGGGGCCGAGGAUCAGGUCCUGGAGCCAGAGCAAUCAGUGAGCCCCCCUGUCCCCAAUGUCUCCACGCCUGAGCCAGGUGUCUACCACGGGAUCUGCCUCCAGCUGAAUUUUACCGCCUCUUGGGGGGACCCACACUACCUGGGACUUACGGGCCUGGAAGUGGUGGGCAAAGAGGGUCAGGCCCUGCCCAUCAGCCCACACCAGAUCUCGGCCUCACCCCGGGACCUAAACGACCUCCCAGAGUACAGCGAUGACUCACGCACCCUGGACAAGCUCAUCGACGGCGCAAACAUCACCAUGGAGGAUGCACAUAUGUGGCUGAUACCCUUUUCGCCAGGGCUGGACCACGUGCUCACCAUCCGCUUUGACAGAGCCGAAAGCAUCGCAGGCCUCCGCUUCUGGAACUACAAUAAAUCUCCCGAGGACACCUACCGGGGGGCCAAGAUUGUGCAUGUCUCCCUGGAUGCCCUGAGUGUGUCGCCUCCAGAGGGUUUCCUCAUCCGGAAGGGACCAGGCAACUGCCACUUUGACUUCGCCCAGGAAAUCCUCUUUGUGGAUCAUCUCCAAGCCCGGCUGCCAGCUCGGCCCUCACGCAGGCUGGAGGCAGAGAGCAUGGAGAGGGCAAGCAUGGACUACGAGGCCCCGCUGAUGCCCUGUGGCUUCAUCUUCCAGUUCCAGCUCCUCACCAGCUGGGGCGACCCCUACUACAUCGGCCUCACAGGCCUGGAGCUGUAUGAUGAGCGGGGCGUGAGGAUCCCCCUGUCGGAGAACAACAUUGCCGCCUUCCCAGACAGCGUGAAUGCCCUGGAAGGGGUGUGUGGGGACGUGCGGACACCCGACAAGCUCAUCGACCAAGUGAAUGACACGAGUGACGGCAGACACAUGUGGCUGGCGCCCAUCCUGCCUGGCCUGGUGAACCGCGUCUAUGUGAUUUUCGACCUGCCUACCACUGUGUCCAUGAUCAAACUGUGGAACUACGCCAAGACACCCCACCGAGGGGUGAAGGAGUUCGGGCUCCUGGUGGACGACCUGCUGGUGUACAAUGGGAUCCUGGCCAUGGUGGGCCACCUGGUGGGGGGCAUCCUGCCUACGUGCGAGCCCACCAUUCCCUACCACACCAUCCUGUUCACCGAGGAUGCGGAUAUCUGUCACCAGGAGAAACACACAGCAAUCAGUAACCAGGUGAUGGAUCAGGACGUGCAGAUGAUGAAUGAGAACCAAGUGAUCAACUCACGAAGAAAACCGAAGCAGGGAGCCCCCGACCCCGCCCUGCGCCCCAAAACCUGCAUAAGCGAGAAGGAGACCUUCAGACGGUGGCGGUGCUGACUUGCCAGAAGUGCUCUCAGUCUGGAGGGGACUGGCCCUACCCUCCACCCCAGGGAGGCUGCAAGGACUGGGCUGCGGGGCGGAGCAGUGCAGUCUGCCCCCUUGAAAGGGCCCAAGGUGGGCAGAGUCCGAAGCUGAGGUUCUGCCCCCUCCGCCCCCAACUUCUUUGUCCAGGCCCAGCAGGCUUUUAGGCGCUUCCCGUCCAUUCACCUGAGCCGUGUCCCAGGGUCAGGCCAUGGGGUUCCCGUUGCCCAGCCCCCCUUCUCCCUUUUCCAGCAGUUUCCCAGCACGUUGGAAAUGUGCCUGGCACCCCCCAGCCGAGUGAGGACCCGGACGUAUCUAUUUCCAUCGAUGUAACAAGCUCAGAUCAGGGACCUAAUUGGUUUCCCAGUGGUGGGUAAUUUCUCGUUGCAAAUAUUAAUCUGUUGUUGUGCUGGCGCUCGGCCCAGCCCGCUGCGGUUCUGCACUCCAGGCCCACGUUCCUAUGCAACCAGCCGUUUCCCAGUGCCUUUCUGGCCCGGCACAGAUGCGGCUCCUGCCAUGGAAGCUGGGCUGGGCUGGUGGGCCCAACUGAAAGAAGCCCCCUUCUCUGUUCUGUACCCACUUGUGGCAAGCAGCAUAGAGGUCUGAGCAGCAAGUCGGAGAAGUGGGGCUCGCUCAUGGUGGCCCUGACCAGUGCUGCCCCUCACCCCCCAACCCCACCUCCCGCAAACUGGCUCCCAGAAUCGCAGCUCUAUGUCCUCAUCAAUUCAGGAGGGGAAAGGGCGGUACAGGCAUUGACUCACAUAAAAUGUCUAUUUUUUUUCUAUCUCAAAAUCAAUAAAAGAUGUUAUUAAGAAA